AUGUAUCUUAGAAGAUACCUUAGAAGAAUUUUUCAGUCCGUUCCCUACAAACCCCCCCCCCUCCCGAUAAAGUUACUCCCUACGGCAGAUCUGGUUGAGGAAGAGCACACACCCCAUUAUAAGCCUCAGCACUUUUAUCCUGUACGGCUUUAUGAGAUACUCAACAACCGAUACCAAAUCGUCACCAAAAUAGGUUGGGGAACAAGUUCAACAGUAUGGCUAGCACGCGAUCUCCACCAAUGGCGAUGGCUUCAACCCCAAUAUGUGGCCAUCAAAGUUAACGCAAGCAAUUAUGCAUCUCAAGAGUCUGCGGAGAAGGAGUUGCGCAUUACUGAGCAUAUAACUAAAGCAAAUCCCCAGCAUCCAGGGCGCAACUUUGUCGCUAUUCUGUUAGACUCGUUUCGUGUUGCUAGUCCGGGCGGCACUCAUAUUUGCAUGGUCUUUGAUGCGCUUUGUGAACCCCUGUGGAUGCUGAAACGUCGUUUCGAAGGAAAUAUCAUUCCCCUCGACGUCUUGAAACCGGUAUCUAAACUUAUACUGGAAGGACUGCGGUACCUCCACACCGAAUGCCACGUUAUUCACACAGAUCUAAAGUCUGAUAACAUCUUAUUGUCCCUACGUAACCCAUCUAUCCUGAACUCGGUCGCGCAGGAUGAGAUGAACAACCCCUCUCCACGGAAACAACUAGACGGUCGGGACAUAUACUUAUCCCGAAAUUUCUGGGGACUGUCGCCCGAUGAACUAGGUAGAUCGGUAAUAACUGACUUUGGGCUUGCUAUACACGGUGACGGCCCUCCGAAUAGCCACCCCAUCCAGCCAGAGGGAUAUCGGGCCCCAGAAGUUUGUCUUGGGGGUGAUUGGAGCUAUAGUGCUGACAUUUGGAACUUGGGAGUUCUGCUUUGGGACCUGUUCUAUGGCCAUGGGCCAUUUGAUAUACCACCGGACUCGUGCGGCUCAGGCUCUACAGACGAAGCCCAUCUGGGCCAGAUAAUUUCUCUCCUGGGGCCUCCUCCACUUGAUCUUCUCAGCCGGGGAGAAGAAACAUAUCGGUAUUUUGACGCUGAAGACUUUAUUUCUAGAACGCUACGCUGGAGGCCUGAGGACCGGACCACGGCGGAGGACCUGCUUUCACAUCCGUGGCUUACAAGGCUGGGAGCAUAUUUUCCUAUGUUCGACGACGAUACGUGGUGUAUUGUAAGAUGA